AGUACCUACUACUGUCUAACCAACCGUGGCAGCGACUGAGCCACGACGGACUGAUGCAGUGUGGAGUAGUUAGCGGGUUGCGUCACGACUCCAGUAGGCGCCAUGUUAUUUUUAGACUGGAUCUAAUAAUCUGUUUGCUCUUGUUUGUUGUGGGUUGUCGGUGGCUUCAUAUUAUUUAUUAUUAUCAAUAAAACUUCCCUGCUUGAGUCUGCCCGGCUGUCCUUCAUCGCAGUUUUCACCCUCUUUCUGGCAGCUCAGCUUGCAUUUUGCAUUGCGCUAAAUAGCCAGCCCUGCCAACAUUUUUCUCUGACUUGAACUUUUUGUUGAAUUCUCCGAGUUUUCUGUCUUUGAAGCAGAUUCUUUCCGACGAAAAACGUCAUCGUCCACUAAACAAUCUUCGCUCAACACUGAACCGACGAAUCUAGCACUGAGGAAAUACUCUGCGCAUAGCAUACCUUGUCCUGCCAAGCUAAUAUACUUGACGCUUGUCAGUUCAGCCUUCCGGGAGUACGUAUUCCUCCCGCUCAGGGAGCCCUUGAGAGCUGAAACACGCGGAGCAAUCGAGGAUCCGGAGCCGCAUUGCUGGUCUUGCUACUCGAGGAAAUACCGUAAGAGGAGAGAAAAGGGAAGAUCAGUAUGACAUACAACCGACUCGGUGAGUGAUUCGUCCUGCAUCUCUGUUGUUGCUUUUGCAGUGGAUAGAGUUCCUCAUAAGCUUGGAAGCUUCCCUUUAUUUCCUUAUCGUCCCUCGGUGCAUCUGAAACGUGACCAGCAGAGCCGCGCAAUCACCACCUCAACCAGCCUUCGCACCGUCACUGCGAUACCUUCUCUUUAACACUUUCCCCCUCAACUAUCUAUCUCCCAGUUACUGUGCUCUCUCGGCUGUCUACCGCAGAGCUUCAUUUCUCUUCAUUCCACCUGCUCCUUCGUUUGAUUGAGCUCCCCUCGUUCAAUUUGUUCUUUUACCUCGCAUUCGUUGGUGCAAGUUACCAAGCUGCGCUCUCACUCCUGUCACUCGCCCGCCAUUCAUUUUACACCACACAGCUCUUUUGCUAUGUGCCAACUAGAUACAUGGGAACACAAAGCUAAAACAGACUGAAAUUAACCAUCUUUUCAAGACCCUUUACACGACGACGAUCCACAUGACGUCGGAAUGAAUCCCAAUCGACUCGACCCUAAUCGCACCCCGUCUCCUGGCAGGCCGCUUCAGGGCUACCAGCUGGAGGACAAUCCAUAUCGGCAAUAUGGCCACCUGGAAAUGCCUUCAGUGGACCGCCUGGCUGACCAACCAACUUACUCCGUAGAGAAUAUCGACAACUCCUACGGUCAUAACGAAGCCUACGAAAUCGCCCAUCCUUAUCGACCUUCCCCUAUUGCGCGCACAGAGUAUACGAUCUCCCCCGAAGCUCAUCAUGACGCAUACUACACCCAGCCUUACCAGCCCACUACCUCCCCAUCUGACUAUGACGGGAACCGAUUUCCUUCGCAAACUCCACAGCCAUAUCAAGACGACCAAGUGCCCAUGCUACAGCAUCCAGAUAAUCCAUACAGCCCGAAUCCUCAGUUAACGGAAUAUAAUGACGAAGAAACCGCCAUUGCCCCUACUCCCAGUCCCGCCCCCAUACGAAGAUGGAAGACAGUGAAAGAAGUCCAGUUGUUCAACGGUAAUUUGGUCUUGGAUUGCCCCAUCCCACCAAAGUUGCUGAGCCAGGUAAACCAUGCAGCUCCCCCAGAGCGCGAUGAGUUCACUCACAUGCGCUACUCUGCCGCCACUUGUGAUCCGGCCGACUUUUAUAAUGAGCGCUUUACUUUACGCCAGAGACUAUUCGCUAAACCCAGGCACACGGAGCUGUUCAUUGUGGUCACCAUGUACAACGAAGAUGAUUUUCUCUUCGCCCGCACCAUGAUUGGCGUGUUUAAAAACAUCGAGUACAUGUGUUCGCGGACUAAUAGUAAAACCUGGGGCAAGGAGGCAUGGAAGAAAAUUGUUGUCUGCGUUGUCAGCGACGGACGUGCCAAAAUCAACCAGCGCACCAAGGCUGUCUUGGCCGGGUUGGGCGUUUAUCAAGAUGGCAUUGCCAAACAGCAAGUCAACGGCAAAGACGUCACUGCGCACAUCUACGAAUAUACCACACAGAUCGGUAUGGAAUUGAAGGGCAACCAAGUCCAUUUGAAGCCGCGAUCAGGGGUUCCCGUUCAGAUGAUUUUCUGCCUGAAGGAGAAGAAUCAGAAGAAGAUCAACUCCCAUCGAUGGUUCUUCCAGGCCUUUGGCCGUGUUCUUGAUCCCAACAUUUGCGUUCUUCUCGACGCUGGAACCAAACCGGGUAGGGACUCUAUCUACCACCUGUGGCGCGCUUUCGACUUACACCCCAUGUGCGGUGGCGCCUGCGGAGAGAUCAAAACUAUGUUGUCUCAUGGGAAAAAACUGAUCAACCCGCUCGUCGCCGCGCAGAAUUUUGAAUAUAAAAUGAGCAACAUUCUCGACAAACCACUGGAAUCUGCCUUCGGGUUUAUUUCUGUGCUUCCUGGUGCAUUCUCUGCCUAUCGAUAUGUGGCCUUGCAGAACGACAAAAACGGCCAGGGACCCUUGGAGAAGUACUUUGCCGGUGAGAAGAUGCACGGCGCGAACGCUGGCAUCUUCACGGCGAAUAUGUAUCUAGCAGAAGAUCGGAUCCUUUGUUUCGAGCUCGUCGCUAAACGCAACUGCCAAUGGAUCCUGCAAUACGUCAAAUCAUCCACGGGCGAGACCGAUGUCCCCGAUCGGAUGGCGGAGUUCAUUCUCCAGCGCCGUCGCUGGCUAAACGGAAGCUUUUUCGCGGCAGUAUAUUCCAUUGCGCAUUUCUACCAAAUCUUCCGGAGUAAUCAUAGCACUACGAGGAAAUUUAUGUUGAUUAUUGAGUUCAUUUACCAGACGAUUAAUAUGUUAUUUGCAUGGUUUGCUAUCGGCAAUUUCUACCUUGUCUUUCAUAUCCUCACCAAAUCUCUCGGUGCCGAAAAUUUACUAGGCGAGGUUGGGCGUAUCCUCGGAGUUGUUUUCGAAUGGCUCUACCUCGCAACGCUCAUGACAUCCUUUAUACUUGCUCUAGGAAAUCGACCACAGGGCUCCAACAAGUUUUACAUGACGAUGGUCUAUUUCUGGAUCGGUAUCAUGAUCUACUUGGCAUUUGCCGCGAUUUUCAUCACAGUGAAAUCGAUACAGGCCGAGACGGCAGAUGGGAAUUUUAGUUUCUCGUCCGUUUUCAGUAAUCGCCAGUUCUUCUCGAUGAUCGUGUCACUCAUGUCGACAUAUGUGCUAUGGAUUGUCGCGUCGCUGCUGUUCUUUGAUCCGUGGCAUAUGUUAACUUGCUUCCUCCAAUACAUCCUCCUUACCCCGACCUACAUAAACGUCCUAAACAUCUACGCCUUCUGCAACACCCACGACAUAACCUGGGGUACAAAGGGCGACGACAAAGCCGAGAAACUCCCGUCCGCCAACCUAAAACCCUCAGGAAAAGUCGACGUGGCCAUCCCGCAGGACGACGGCGACCUAAACGCCCAGUAUGAAGCAGAACUCGCCAAAUUCGCCUCAAAGCCGCCCAAGGAAGUCCGCGCGAUUUCCGAAGAGGACAAACAGGAGGACUAUUACCGCGGUUUCCGAUCCGCGGUUGUUCUUGUGUGGAUCUUCUGUAACUUUGCCCUUGCGGCGGUUGUGUUGAGUGCGGUUGGGUUGGAGCGGAUUAAUCCGGACGAUACCUCGGGGGAGCAGAGAAGCACGAUAUAUAUGGCUGUGGUGUUAUGGAGUGUGGCCGGGUUGUCGUUGUUCAGGUUUGUGGGGGCGAUGUGGUUUUUGAUUGCGAGACUGUUCCGCGGCGUGUGAGAGGACAGGACCUUCUCUCUCUCCCGUGUUUUAUAUCUUUUAUAUAUAUUUCUUUUUACAAGCAAGCAGCAGGACGGAGACUAUAUACCGAACACUCCCACAGGGCCUUCUCCCCCUCGCCUCUUUUCCACCUCCCAUCUGCCGACGACGUGGCCACAAUAACUCAGCCGCGCGACGACCGGCUAUGAAAACCCGAGGAUGUCAUCCUGUUAUUAUAUUUUUGGCGAGACAACUAAAAAACGGAAUCGAUACGACCAAAACCAAAAUAAAUACCUCUCCUUCGAACCGUUUUUGUUUCCAUUAUCUUACGAUUCCCCACCUCGUCCAGAAUUUUUCUUACUCUUAUCUGUUGUCAUUUCCAAUAUACCAAAAUACUCCCUCCAGCGGCUGAUUUGUUUUUCUCCUUUGUGUGUGAUGCGUGGUGCUGUACGCAAACUGUUUUACGGAACAUGUGUGUGCGAAAACGGAAAUGAAUGGGGAAGGGAACGAGAAUAUGUCAUCAUGGAACUAACCCUGUGCGUGCAUCCACGUACAAUACAUCUUUGAUUUUAGCCUGUUAAUUCUUUUGGCCAUUUUAUGAGAAUUUUUGGUUUGUCUUUCCUUCCUUGAUUGUUGAUUGUUUAAAUUUUUCUUGGCCUCGGUUUCUUUAGGUUUGCGAGCGAUUGAUAUCCCCGGCACAUAUAUCUAUAUAUCUCGCUAUUCUCCAUGUUUGUUUCACUUUUUCACUUUUUUUUCUUGCUGUCUCAUUUUUGUUGCCCUUUUUCUCAAUGAUGCGGAUGAAACGACUGUUAUGUGCGUGGAAUGCUAUUUUUGUAUGUGGUAUGUGGUAUGUGCUAUGAGGGCCUUCAACGCUAAUAUCCUUAAUGCCUGGAUUGAUUACAAUUCUACAUUUUCAUGUAUGCAUACGGCUUUUUAAGAGUGAGAAAGGGGGAGAGUGCGUGAAAGUGUAUGUGUAUAUGUAAAGAAUAUGUUUGUAUUAUUUCAUCAAAUACUGCUGUAGAUAGAUUAAUGAUGGCUGAGAAUGAAAACAGUAUUAAUGAUAACUAGUAACAAUUAGUUUUAGAAACACAAUGAAACAAUACAGUAUACUGUACACUCAAAACCCACCAAAAAGAGCAUAGAGUAUGGCAAUAAAUGAAUAAAUGAAUGAUAUUGGGUGGAUAUCAC